AUGCAGCAGUCUGUGAAGAUUGUGCCUCUUUUUGAAAAUGGCCGGUCGACUUUGGAUAUUCAGAAACAUCGCGAGCGGCUGCACAACAUCGUCAGUCUGGCUGAACGAAUCUUGGCGAUGAACCUGCAAUAUGAAGAAGCGAAUGGCACUUUAUUCAAGUAUACGAUUGAGCGAUCAUAUUUUGCCGACGAGUUCGAUUUACCGCAACCCGAUGAUACGAAUUUGGCCGAAUUCUACAAAGCAGCUUCACAGAAGAUAAUGUUCACAUCGCAUGAUGGAUACAUUUUAUUCUUUGUUGCUCCGCGGCGUUACUGUGUGACAUAUCAAAACAUGUCCAUCAUAGCCAUGCCUUGGCUCAAUGAUCUUAGUGUAAUUCCAUUGUCCGAAUUGCUUCAAAGUGACUGCACCAAGCGGCCGCUUCCGGGAUUUAGGAGUUUGUCUAUCACUGUACUUGCCACUCUACACGAAAUUAUGCACAUGUUUCUGAUACCACACUCAAACUCUGGGCUAAUGAGCGCGGGUUGCGUCUGUGAUUCUAUCCGGAAUUAUUUUUGUCGCCGACCAGCUUGUGGUUGCUACACUGAUAGUAACAGACUCGACCCUCUGAGCCUUGAGCUCGUCAAACGAUCGUCGUUCCUGACGAAAAAAGAUUCGACCGUUGAUGUCAGGCAGAAUCCGGACAAAACUUAUGAAAUAUCAUCGAAUGAUAAAAUCGACUACCUAGUUACUGUUACGCUCGAUAAUUCUAUGAUACGAGACGUUGUCCAACCCAACAGCAACCGGUAUAUUCUGAAAAAGAAGCCGGACAAAUGUUCUCUUAUUGUCGCAACAACUGUUUGUUUGAAACAGAUUCGGUUC